AUGCCUACUUCUUUAGAUUCAUCGCGCCCUAUCAUGGCGCCUUCUACUGUCGGCUCUCCCCGCGCAUCAGUGCGCUAUAGCACAUAUAGCACAGCUCCGUCAUUGACGGCAACGGUACGAACGACUGAUUCGGCGCAUGCUGAGAUUCGAGAAAUCGAGACCGGGCUCGCGCGCAUGGAGAAUAGGGCUCUUUCAAGUCAGCGCGUCGUCUUGUCCGAAGAGAAGUCGGCCAACCUUAACAAGCUCGCCCUCGGUGCUAAGCUCGACCGUGCGCUCGAGCGUCGUAUGACUAGUCAAGAUGCCGUCAUGAGGCCAAGGAACCGAAGCGUCCGUGAGAAGGAUCCGGAAAAGCAACAUUAA